AUGCGGGUGGCGCGGGAAGAGAGCCGUGCCUGGCUACCGCGGGCCAACGAGCCCUGCAGCUACACGGUCAGUGGGGGCCUGGUGCUAUGGCUGCUGUCCCUUUGCUGCGUGGGCAUCACCCUGAGCAGCGUGAUUGCGGUGAAGAACUGCAAGGAGCAUUGCGGCACCGGCUGUAUGGACGCGGCGGGCUACGAUGUGGCCUGCCACGGCAAGGGGCAGGCGUGCUUCGACCUGUGCCGCCUCCAGCGCAGGUCAAUGACUGCGGAGCAGGACUGCAUUGAGUCCAGCAAAUGUGUCGACACCGCUGCGGCAGAGUACGCCAAGGCGAAGGCCUGUGAGGAGGCCGAGAAGUGCGCGGAGCAGGGCUUUCUGGGCACCGGCCCGGGGUUCCUGGUCAUGUUCGCGGUGGCCUCCAUCCUGCCAGUGGCCUCCACAGUGUGUAUGGGCCUCUUCAAGGAAGCCUUCCGAUGGGACGCGGCGACCCUCAAGUCGAUGACCUUCUUCGACGGGUGCGGCCGCCUCAUCUGGAUCUUAGGAGCGGCCCUGACAGUCUAUGUGGCCUACCUGCUGAUUGACACCUACAGCGACACCACCAGGAGGGGCGCCGCCUUCCUGGGCACAGUGGCCAGCGCCUUCGCCCUGGCGGUGAACUGCUGCGCCUGCGGCUUCAUGUGGAUCGCCAGGUGGUGCAUGUCCUCGGAGUAUCAGCCUCUGCCGCGCUGA